AUGGGUUGCGUCGAUAGCAGAUCUUAAUAAAAUGAUGUAAAAACAGCUCCUACUCCUUAAAGCAUGUUGCAUAGAAUGGAGUUAUUGACCUCUGCAACAACUUUACAAAGCGAGAGUGACCAAGAAACAGUUUUUAACAAAGAAUUAGAUAGAUUUUUGUUUUACUUCAAUCAAAGCAGCAUCAUAAAAAAUGAAGCAUAUUAGAAGAAUAUUUAAGAAAUGAAUAGAUUAAGGCAUGAAAACAACCUGGAUUCCUAAUUUUUUAAUAAUUAAUAUCUUUAUAGAUUUAUGAAAGCAAGACAUUUUGAUAUGUAAAAAUCAAUAAAGAUGUUUAAAGAUCACCUACAUUGGCGUAAAGAAAACAAAGUAGACACAAUUUUGAAAGAUUUCGUUUUUUGGGAGUCAGAUGAAGUCUAAGAGAUUUAUCCUCAUGGUUAUCACAAAACAGAUAAAGAAGGAAGGCCAAUUUAUAUAGAAAUAUUUAAAAACGUAACAUUUAACGAUCUCUACAACCUUACAACAUAAGAAAGAAUGAAAAAACAUUACUACUAAAAUUAUGAAUAGCUUAUUAAUAAAAUGCUUCCCUGUGCCUCUAUAGCUGCAAAUAAAUAUGUAGGUUAAACCUUGACUAUUCUUGAUGCAAAAGAUAUGAAACUUAAACCUAUGGAAGCCAAAAACUUUGUCUAACUAGUGACUAGUUUUUCUGAAUCUAAUUACCCUGAAAUCAUGGGAAAGUUAUAUGUUGUUAAUAGUCCUUUGUUGGCAUAAGUUUUCUGGAAGGUUAUAUCUGUUAUGCUAAAUGAAACUAUUAAAAGUAAGAUUUGCAUUCUUGGAAAAGAUUACAAGCAAAAGUUACUUGAAAAUAUUGACAAGGAGAAUUUACCAGAAUUUUUAGGUGGAGAGUCAGACACUCAAAAUGGAGCACUUCUUCGUAAAAAUAUAGGUCCUUGGAAUGAUUUUGGCAAAAAAAUAAUGUUCCCUCAUGAAGAUGAAAGAAUAUUGAGAAAUAUUACUUAAGAAGAAAAAGAUUAACUAAAACAAGAUAUUUUCAAUUUUAAAAAUAAAAGACAAUCUGUAUAAGAGAGAGCUAGUCAGAGAAAUUCUGUAAAUUAAAGAUAAUCUAUCAUAAAGAUAUAAUAAAAUGAGGCUAACAACUCUUUAAAUAAAAGUGCUAAUGAUAAUAUUAAAAAUAUUGACUAUAGCAUCAAUAUACUUGACAAUUUAGAGAAAGAAUAAAUUCCAAAAUGA